ACAGGUAUAUUUGACAUGUUGGCACUGAGACAGUCGGUCCCUCCUGCAGUCAGACAGAGCCCGCUAAACGUGGGCACCGCCGCAGCUACCGCCACAAACUACAGCGACCAAGACAAGAGAAUGAAGUGGUCUCUUAUGAAGACGAGAGGAGACAACCGGAUCAGGCUGGGGUGUUGACGUUCCUCUCUACACCUCUCUCUUUCUGCACAUGGAAGAGCUCUGGGACCGAAGGGGAUCGGACAAGGCGACGCUACUGAUGGGGAGCGCCCAGGAAUCUCCGCCCACCCGCCACGUACAAGAACUAUUCCACGAAGCUGCCCAGGUUUCCCAGUCCCAUGUGAAGCCCUGGUGGAAAGUGAAGAUAUUUGUCUGGGAGCCAGUGUUAUUUGGCACCUGGGACGGAGUCUUCACCACCUGUAUGAUCAACAUCUUUGGAGUGGUUCUGUUUCUGCGUACUGGAUGGCUCGUGGGUAAUACUGGCGUUCUGCUGGGAAUGUUCCUGGUCACCCUGGUGAUCGUGGUGGCUUUGGUGACCGUUCUGUCUGGAAUUGGCGUGUUGGAGAGGUGUAGUCUUGGCAACGGUGGAAUAUACUCGAUGCUCUCCACCGUACUGGGAGGUCGAGUUGGAGGGACGUUCGGAUUUCUCUACGUCCUUGGACAGUGUGUUGCAGGUGCCAUGUACAUCACUGGCUUUGCUGAAUCCAUUGCUGAUCUACUGAACCUGAGUAACAUCUGGGCAGUUCGAGGGAUUUCCAUUGCUGUGCUACUGGGAUUACUUGGAAUUAACCUUGCCGGAGUCAAGUGGAUCAUUCGGUUUCAGUUGCUAUUGUUGGCCUUGCUGGCCAUCUCUACCAUGGAUUUUGUGAUUGGGACGUACACGCAUCUGGACCCCGAGUUUGGGUUUGUGGGCUACACUGAAGAAUUGCUCAAGAACAAUACUUUCCCAAACUACAGCCCAGAGGAAACUUUCUUUACAGUUUUUGGAGUUUUCUUUCCCACUGCUACUGGUGUGAUGGCAGGAUUCAACAUGAGUGGAGACCUCCAGAGACCAGCAUCCAACAUCCCCUUUGGGUCCCUGGCAGCCGUGGGGAUCUCAUGGUUCCUCUAUUUAGUGUUUGUGUUUUUGCUGGGAGCGGUCUGUACAAGGGAGGCUCUCAGAUAUGACUUCAUGAUCGCGGAGAAGGUGGCCCUGGUGGGAUUCCUCUGGUUACUGGGCCUGUACAUUUCCUCUUUAGCUUCUUGCAUGGGAGGUCUGUACGGGGCGCCCAGAAUCCUGCAGUGCAUUGCGCAAGAGAGGGUGAUUCCUGUCCUCGGCUUCCUGGCCAAGGUGAAGGGAGCAAACAAAACUCCAGUGGCGGCGAUAUGUCUGGUCGGACUUGUCACCAUGGCAUUCAUCUUUAUUGGACAAAUGAAUGUUCUUGCCCCAAUAGUCACCAUCAACUUCAUGUUGACUUACAGCGUUAUAGACUACUCCUACUUCUCUGUCUGUAUGAGCGGUGAUAUUCAGCAGAAUGAAAAAAACAGAAACCAAGCCAAUGCCAAAACUUGUAAAUCGGCUCAAACGUCGAACUCGGAUGGUCCACUCAAAUAUGGUGCUGAUGGGUCGGUGAGAGGCCAAACAAAUGGCUCCUUGCUCGAGUUCACCAAGGACAUGAACCAGAUCUUUCACGGCAGGGUAGAAGAGAUGAAAAUGAACGAGGGGACAGAACGGAGUGGGAAUCACCCGUCCGUGCGGUUGAAGAAUGUGAGGAAAGCCGCAAAACUUUCCCUGCAGGACAGCUUCAUGUUGGACUCGGACAAUUCAUUCGCAACACGUCGAGAGAGCAGCAGUCAGGGCUCUGGGCACGAGCAUGCAGGCGACCUGUCAGAACAAGACACAGGAGAUUCUCAGCCUCUCCAUCAUCCUCCCACAGCACAAACCAUGGACAACCAACACCAACUCGACAACGACAUAGUCGAGUCCACAGGAGGACAAAGCCUUUCUGACACGGAUGAUUCAACUGUAUCUUGUGGAUAUGGUUCCAUUGAAAGACAAAAGUCUCAGGAAGCAGAAAUUUACAAAAUGCCAAGGUCACUUUAUUCCAGAUUCUGCAAUCGUUGGCUCUCGUUCAUCGGUACAAUAGUAUCUGUUCUAAUCAUGUUUAUGAUUCAUUGGAUUUAUGCAUUAAUUAAUAUUGCUCUGGCAUUAUUAAUCUACCUUUACAUUGGACAAAUGAGUCCCGGACUCCCUCUUGGAGUAGCUCAUAACUUCCACUUUUUCCGAUGGAUUCAGACAACCUUCCAGGAUUGGGGAAGGAAAGGCUCAACAAGUGAAAAGCAGAUUAUUGUGACCCCAUCGUUUACAGGAGUUGGCAUGGCAACCACUCAACUAACAGAGGAGAACGCUGACUUUGCCUCCCGAGACCGCUACCAUCACUUCUCCAUCAUUAGUCAAGAAGAUCUUCAUCGUCAUUUGAACUAAGUCUUUUUGUACUUAUUGGGUUCUUUUUCUGGUCAGGAUGUUUGCACAAAUGAAAAAUAUGGAUGUACUUUUUAAAACAGAGUUAAAAGAAUUGUAAUAUAUACAGACUUAUUACAUAAGUAAGCAGCUAUUGUGUAUAUUUACAUCUUUGAUACAUGUGACCUUUUUGAUUGAUCAUCUCUAAUGAUCUGUGAUUUAAUUAAGAUUUUUGCCAAAAUAUUUGCAAUGACUUGAAUGUAUAGAUACAUACAGAUAUUUUUUUAUACAAUUUCUGCCUCAGUUGUCAAGUGGAGGGUGAGGUACUGCUAAAAUGGAGGCUUUAAUAUAAUAUAAAUGUGGGAUGUUUCACCAGGAUUGCUGGGCAGUCCUGAUUAUUUGUGUUAAAAUUUGAUCCCUGUUUCGGUUUCGGAGUGAGUGGAAGAUCCAAAUUCUUGAAUACAAGAAGAUUUUGGUGUGGAUAUCUAUCCAAAGCAGAUUUGGUGCUGGGAACCCUUUUAUAUUGAGAAGAAACAUAUUUACCCUUAUUUGCUUCUUGUCCAUCUCUCCUUUUUCCCUGCCCUAGGGAAAUGUUCUUCUCUGGAGUGUGAAAAAUUCUGGUGUCACGAAUGGAAACGGCAUUUUUAAACGGUUUCAGUGAACUUGCAACCAGAGACUGGACAUCACUGGUUCCCUGCGGUGGUAAUCUGUGCUGCGCAACUCUUCGGCAGUUCUCUUGUACCAUUAAAUGUUGAAAAAAUAUUGUUACUGGGUGGGAUCGCAAAUGGUUGAAAGGCGGUGGUAUCAUAACACAAGACUAAUGCUUUCAACUUGCAAAAGAAUUUAAUAAAUGUAAAUAUAAAACAUUUAUAUAAUUUUAAAAGUAUUCGCAUUUGCAAGUGGGAUACAUUUCCAAAAUGUAACCAUAAAGAUGCAUGUUAUGGUUUAAUAAUGAAUAGAAAGUCCACGUGGAAUGAAUGGAGUUUUACAUCAAGUGUCGCAUCGUUAUAAAUAUGUUAAAAUUGGGUGGAGAAUAAAUAAAAUAGCACAAUGUUAUCAAAAAAGCAUUUUUUAAUGAUGUCUGUUAUAUCCAAGCUGGGAAAUAAUGGUUACUUACACACAGGUUAAUGGUUCGUUGCUUAUUUUUCUGACAAACAUUAAAUAAAACUUCCUCUUUCUAUUUCCCUUAUUCGCCUCCUCAUUAACCUGUUUCUUGUUCUCUCACCAUUCAGAAUGGGUCUCGAAAAUGUUCUUCUAGCCGUUAGCCAAAAUCGUCCCAUUAGUGUAGCUGAGGGCAGAGGUUGGUGGUAUCUUCUUCUUCUUGCGAAUGAAACAUAAAGCGAAGGAAUAGUUAGAUCUCAAGCCGGGUGUUGAGCAGCCAGGUUGUUGUCUCUGCGUCAAUGUCUGCCAGGCCCUGAGCUCCAUUUGGUGGGUGGUGGAGCGGCCACCCAGAGAUGCCAUGGUUGGCUGUCUGUUGUUCUGCUCCGUAUUCACAGGCUGGGCCCCAGUCAGGUAAAAUGUGAACUUGUCACAGAGGGAUGUUCUGAGCAUUGAUUUUUGCCCCUUAGAUAUCUGGCCACAAUUUAAUUCUUUGUAGGUCCUGCAAACAGACACUGGAAAGUGAGAUGAGCCAUACAGUGUGGAAACGGGGCCUUCUGCCCAACUUUCCCACACCGGCCAACAUGUCCCAGCUACACUAGUCCCACCUGUCUGCGUUUGGUCCAUAUCCCUCCAAACCUGUCCUUCCAUGUACCUGUCUAACUGUUUAUUUCGUAAAGGUUGGGAUAUUCCCAGCCUCAACUACCUCCUCUGGCAGCUCGUUCCAUACACCCACCACCCUUUGUGUGAAAACGGUACCCCUCAGAUUCCUAUUAAAUCCUUUCCCCUUCACCUUAAACCUGGGUGUCAUGGUACACCAGUCAUUGAAAGUAGGCAUGCAGGUGCAGCAGGCAGUGAAGAAAGCGAAUGGUAUGUUAGCUUUAAUAGCAAAAGGAUUUGAGUAUAGGGGCAGGGAGGUUCUACUGCAGUUGUACAGGGUCUUG